UGAACCUUAGAACCCUGCUCAUACGGUUUAGGGGCAACUUGGAAUGACUAGAACUCACGUUCGAGUUGCUUUACGUGUUCGUCACUACAGAAGUCUUCAAUACCAAAACCUUUUUUGUGAGGCAACAAAGCGUGUCCCACUUUGUCAUAUUUAAAUCGCCUGGUCAUGUACUGUAAUUAUUAAUUACAUACUAAACGUUGUCUCUGUUAAAUCAACUCAUGUUUCCUCUCUUCAUUGGUGACUCUGUGGGGUUUGAGAAAAUAAAAAGGUGUGGUUUCAUCUGAGCCGGCGAGGACGCGUCGGUCCUUUUUAAAACUUUUAGCCCGUCUUCUCGCUCUGUGCAAUAAAAAUCACAGUAUUUCAAAAGCUCCUACAGUAACACGGCGUUGAUUCCCCGCAGAAGCCCACAAACAUUUUCUGUGUGCUCAGCGGUUCCGCAACCGCUGUGUUAAAACUGGAAAAGCUCAGCGUGACGCAUGGGAGUGAUAUGACAGGUCUUUGGGGUGGAGGCUGGUUUGGUGACAGCAGUCUGACAGACGGAGAAGUCCCGGGUGGCAGGCUAGUCGCUCGCUGGUGUUCAGGUAAUUAAUACAUUAUCAUUAUUUCAAUACAUCUGUACACUUUUUUUUCCCAAUUUUUUUGCUUUUACUCUGAAUAUAAAUUCCCGUUCGUUUGUUUGAUCAUUACACUGUUGUAUUUGUAUGUAAUUGUCCCGUACCUUCACUCAUUUCCAUUUUACAGUUUACAUUUUUCUAUGUAAUGGUGAGGUGAUUUAGGUAAAAGAAGUGUUUAAAGUCUGCUACAUAGUUGUUGUAGACAGGUCUGCUCCAAUAAGCUAUCGUUGAGUAGAAAAGUGGCUGAUUCAUGUUUUAUAAUAUUUACUUUCUUUUUGAAGCUGUAAAGCGUUUCAGCACAAUUUGGACCUGAGGGAAGUAAAGAGCAGAGAGCACAUGCAGGGAAACCAGUUAGAUUACACAAUAACAAUGAAUGGAAUGGUUGCAGCCUUAUCUCCAGCACGCGUCUGAUAGAUAUGCAAUCAGAGCAGACUCAUCGACUACACUCUCUAACAUAGACAGUCAUGCAGGACCAGAUGGCCUCGAGGUCAGAGGAGGAAGAGGAGGAGGAGGAGGAGGAGGAGAGGAGGAGGCUCAACGGACACGGCGGCGGGUGGAGCGCUCCCGCUCUGCAGCCGGAGGUGGUGGAGGACUUCAGGCGGAGGCUCAAGUACUUCUUCAUGAACCCGUGUGAGAAGCACCGAGCCAGGGGCCACAAACCCUGGAAGCUCAUGUUACAGAUAUUAAAGAUUGGGAUCAUAACAGCCCAGCUAGUCACUUUCGGCCUGAGCAACGAAAUGAUGGUCACCUUCAAAGAGGAAAAUCUGAUGACGUUCAGACACGUGUUUCUGAAAGGUUACAAGGAUCACCGGAUGGGAAGCUACGCGCUGUACACGAAGGCAGAUGUGCACGAUCACGUCAGCUACAUAAUCCACAGGUUCAUUAACCUCCGAAGCCUGGCGGUCGGUAACCUGGCACACGCGAGUGUUGACGGCGCGUACGCCCCUCUGUCGGUGUGUCAAGAGCUUUACAGAAACGGCACCGUCGAUCCUGGAAAGGACACCUUCGACAUCGACCCGCUCAUUGAUGAAGAAUGCGUUUCCUUUUACCCGGCGCAGCCGCUUGACGGCGACGGAUUGUCCGCACGCGUCAACUUCUCUUUAGAUUUCCAAAGGCUGGUUUCGCUGAACGUCUACCUCCGCCUGAAGACCAUCAACCUGCAGACCGUGCGGCGCCACGAGCUGCCGGACUGUUACGACUUUCACGUAACAAUCAAGUUCGAUAACCGAGCGCGCAGCGGGAGGAUCACGGUCGACGUGGAGAACGAUGUCACCAUGUACGAAUGCAGGGACUGGAACGUGGAAGGAGCGGCUGGAAAGUGCGACUUCCUCCUCCUGUCGUUUGACUGCGUGGUCAUCCUCGCCUGCUUCCUCUCUCUCCUCCUCUGCAUGUGGUCCGUCGUCAACGGCAUCCAGCUCCAGUUUGAGUUCAACAUCUUCUUCCAUGCAUACUACAAUAAAGUCGUGUCGUGGUCAGACCGCAUGGAGUUUGUGAAUGGCUGGUACAUCCUCAUCGUUGUGAGUGACACCUUGACCAUCGCUGGGUCGGCACUCAAAAUUGGAAUCCAAACAAAGUACCUGACCAACUAUGACGUCUGCAGCAUCCUGCUGGGAACCGCCACCAUGCUCGUCUGGGUCGGAGUCAUUCACUACCUUGGUUUCUUCAAGAAAUACAAUAUAUUGAUCUUAGCCCUAGUGGCGGCGUUCCCCGAUGUGAUCCGAUUCUGCUGCUGCGCGGCCAUGAUCUACCUCGGUUACUGUUUCUGUGGCUGGAUCGUCCUCGGGCCUCACCAUGUCAAGUUCCGAACCCUCGACAAGGCGACAGAGUGCCUCUUCUCGCUCAUCAACGGGGACGACAUCUACGGCACUUUCCUGAAGAUGAGACACGGCGGCAACAUGGUGUGGCUUUUCAGCAGACUUUACCUCUACUCCUUCGUCUCCCUCUUCAGCUACAUGGUGCUCAGCCUCUUCAUCGCUCUCAUUACCGGCACCUAUGAGACCAUCAAGCAUCACCAGCAAGACAAGGUGCCGGCGUCCCAGCUCCAGGCCUUCGUAGCGGGGUGCAGGGACCUGCCUCAGUCCGGAAGAUACCACACUGGGGAAGAGCCCGCUGGCUGCUGCCUCUCUUCGUGCUGCUGUUUUGGAUGAAAUAAGGAAAUGGCUGCUUAUACCUUUGCCCAGUGUGGCAGAAUAUGUUUUUACUCAAGUGGAGUUCCUUUAAAAUUGUUACUUGAAUAGCUGAACACUCCUGAGGUUACGCUCACCCAGAGAAAUAACAUGUUUGUCGACGUCUCUCUGUGAAUACGCAUUUACAGACAGCAAAGUCCUCAAUUUAGUGGCUCAUUUCAAUGUGCUUUUGAACUCAACUUUUCUGUUCUUGUGGGGGGGUGGGGGUGUUUCUCCUGACCGCACACGGUAACUAAGCUAUGUGAGCAAACAAACUAUUUAUUAACUAGAUUAAGUGAAAUGUACCAGUAAUGAAAUAUAAUAUUCUUAUGGUAGUAGUUUGUCGUGGAUUAUGCUAGAUAGAUAUGCAAUCAAGUAUGUAAUUAUU